AUGGCAUUUUCUCCCAGCCACUCGAGGAGCUGUAUUGUACAUCAUACUGUAAUUAAAAAAGUCACACCAAGCAAAAUAAUACCAAUAAUCAAUAGGAAGAAAACAGCACCGAAAAAACCAGAUGAUGUUUCGAAGAAAAAAAUAAUUCAGAACGCAUCAAUUCCUAUAAGCAAACAACAAAAAUUACCACCAAAAUCAAGAAAAGGACCAACAAAACCACAACGACAAAUACUGCAAUCAGCCAGAAAAAAAAUAAAUAAAGUUACAUUGGAUAUGUGUGUCAAUAUGAAUGAUAAUCUUCCUACGCCAUCAAGUAGUACUAUUGUUGAUGAUGUCGACGUCGAUAAUGAUUGCGAUAGCAACAUGCAAAUCGACGUUUUAGUAGGCGAUAAAUUAUUAUCGACAUUAAUAAUUGGCGAUUCAAAGAUUUCUACUCAAGCAAACACAACUAUCUUACAUAAUGCGAGCGAUGAUAAUUUAAUUAACAACGGAAGCGAUAAAACAUCGAAUAAUCAGGCAAUCGAUGAUUUAACGGUUGAAUUGCAAAGUUUAAUGGACGCCAAUGUUAAACUCCAAAUAGAAUGCAAUAAUGUGCUAUCAUUAAAAGAUAUCAAUGAUAAACUUCGUUUAGAAAAUGAUAUGAUACGUCUUGAAAUAACCGAAUUACAAAAUCAUCGAUUACAUAGGUCGCUCUAUCUAAUUUCUCUCAGACAACAUAGUCAUGUUGUUUGA